GCUCCUGCCAAACAGACCUCUUAAAAGACAUUGAUUUCCGUGGAUGGAUACGCCUCGCCCGACGUGGCUUCCUUCGUUUUCUGCUGCCGCCGCCUUAUAAGCAGGGAUUUGGCCCCGCCUGGCGUUGUCGACCACUCACGAUGCAGCCUUUUGUCUCGCGCCCGGCCUGGUCAUGUUAGCAGCCCAGUCGAACGCGGUUUCCGUUUCCCCAACCUGCAGCCACUCGGCGUUUGAUGCCAUGGCCUACCACCACGGCUCUGGGCCGCAGCCGGGCCCGGGGCAGGCCUACGAUGGCCAGUCCUCGCCGAUGCCCGUCCCGCGACCCUACGUCGCCCCUCAAUUCCAGCACCCCGCCGCCGUCGCACACCAGCCCUAUCACGGCGCGUCGCCCUCCGCCUACCUGCCUCCUCAGGGGCCGCCGUACGCGCAGCAUCAUCAGCAGGCUGCCCCCUCGCUCCCGUCACUUCACACAAACAACCUGCACCACCGCCCGCUGCCCCAGCACCAACAGCAGCAGCAGCAGCAGCAGCAGCAGCAGUAUCCACACCCGGCACACGCGCACCAGCAGAUCGACCCUUCGCCGCUGACGCCCCUGCCGCCUCCGGUCGGAUACGCGACCCCGACGAGCGCCGUCCCCCAGAGCUACGCCGCAACCUUUAGCACGGCUGCAUUCGCGCCCCCUCAGCGAUUCCCCUCGAACACAUACCAACAACAACCGGCGAAUCACCACGUCCAACCUCUGCCUGCGCCAGGCAAUGAUCCUAGACUCGCGCGUCCCCAGCCGCAGUCUCGGCCGUCGCCUCUUCAGCAGCAGCAGCAGCAGCAGCAGACUCUGUCGGCGGCAACACACGCGCAGCAACAGCAGCGACAACAGUCGCAGCCCCAGAUAUUGCACCACCAGCCGCAGCAGUACCGGCAGCAGCCUCAUCAGCCAACAAAUCAACAGCAGAACUGGCAGAAUCACCACCAGAAUCUGCAACAUCGUCAUCCGAGCCCACAUAACAGCCAACCAAAUCCUCAGAACCACCAGGCACCGCAACAGCAGCACCAACACGUACAUAGCGCUCGAGCGACAUCGAGCGCGCCGACACCAGGGCUGCCCAACGGUGGAGAUAUAGUCAUCAAUAUCACCGACAUGAAGACUCGGCCAGAAUCAAGAGAUGGAAAUGGGGCCAUGCAGAAGGGGCGGAUUAGAUCACCAAACACUCCUGCGCCCAAAGCGCUCUCAAAAUCCCCGGCCAUGGCCAACUCCCCACUGGCGAGGUCGCCCGCCCUUCAUAAGGUGCAGACAGGCGGGGUAACAAAAGCAACAGGACCAUCUAGGUCGCCAGCCCUGUCAAAAUCUCCCGCGCUUUCGCAUUCGCCUGCUAUUGCCAGGUCUCCUAGCGUUCCGUCGCAGCCGUCCCUUGAUCACCCGUCCAUCCUGAUCCAUGUGGCGGAUGAGUGCCUGGUAAAGGCACAGGAGGGUGCGCUACGACUGGCGUCCUCAUGCUCACCUGAAGCACUUGGCGAAUAUCACAAGCUGGUCGCGACGGGGCUAGCGUGCCUCGAGGCCGCAAUAUCGUCAAAAAAGCUCUCACCGCGCAUCGAAGCCAAGGCCCGUCUUCGGUACGCCGGAAUAGUCGUAGAGGAGACAGAAAAUCUGAUGGACGCGGAAACAAUGCUUACCAAGGGCAUUGCGCUCGCGGACAAGCGCCUAUUUCUUGAUUUGAAAUACUGCACCCAAUAUCUCCUCAUGAAGGUACUGUUCAGGAGAACACCAAAGGCUGCACUCGUCGCCCUGAACAAGACCAUCAAUGACUGCGACACAUAUAAACAUGUGUACUGGUCAUAUGGCUUUCGGCUGCUCAAGAUAUCGCUUCUUUUGCAGUCGUCAGGGUUCUCCGACACGACGACAGUACUGGACUCUUGCAAGGACAUCACGACGCUUGCCUCUAAACGGGGGGAUCGUGCCAUAUACGUAUUCACCUCCCUUGUCGAAGGUCUUGUGCACCUCCGAACCAGCAGGGCGGAUGCCAUCGUGCGAGUUCAGGACUGCAUUGCCCAGGCCGCGAAAUAUCAGCUGGAAUCCUCCACUCGGGUGCCGCAAAUCGAUGUGCUAUCCCUUUUACUGGAUCUAGCAUGCAGCCUCCGGCAGAAGCAACCCGAUGCCUCGCUACAAAAAAUGAGGAACCUGCAAAAUAUGCUAGAAGUGGCAUACAAGUCUUCGUGGGAAACCUCGGAGAUUCUGCUACCUCUUGUCAGGGAUCAGCUGUCGUUGUCCACAAUCAGCACAGAUACUUCAACAAUCGUCCGGCCUGGCGAAGGCGAAACCGAUUUCUUGGUUGUCAAUUUCAUGUCUAUUGCGGACGUGUUUUCCCUCAGCUACACCUUGAGUGGCAUAGCGAUGCUUUACACGGUUUCUGUCACAGGUGACAGCACCGGCGCAGUUGACGCUAGGUGUCCCGAGUCGUGGCGGGAAGCGCUGAAAUCGCUCUCCAAUUUUGCGAACAGAAAACUUCCUCCCGAGGCACGUCUGUCACUCCAGCCGGCGAUGCGGAUGGCGAGGUGGCACUCGGAGCUGAAAUGCUACCUGUUUGUCCUCCUCGGCUUGACAAGCGGAACCCAUAGCGAAUGGGCCGAAGUCCAGCGGUGUGUGGAUAAUAUCGACGAGCUUAUGGACGACACUUUGGACGCAAACAUCCAGGAUCUGGCAUAUUACCUCAAGGCCAUCUGCUACCAGGGGCGAUGCAAACUGGAUGAGGCGCUUGAGAUUUUCUCGAGCGAGCGCUUCGCUAUCCGCCUCCCACGUGGAUCGGAUGAGGGCAUGGUGCCGCGCGAGCUGUGUCUCAUGGCCGCCUUGAACCGUCUCUGGAUCAUGGCAAGCCCGAAACACCAGGACAUGGCCAAGACAGUCGAGAUCGUGGAGGAAAUCCGGAGUCUUUGCGAGACCCACCCGGACCCGGACAUCAAAACUGUGUUCAACCUCGUCAUGGCAUCUAUCCGGACAGAUCCUCCCGAGAGCAUCAAUCAAGUGAAGAGGUACAUCCAGGGGGCGCUCAGCGGAUCCCAGUCGAAUCGCAACAUCCAGUGCCUCUCGAUCGCGCUGAACAUUAUGCGUUUCAGGUUGUUCGAGGGUGUUGUGGGCGACCAGGCGCUCAAGAGCGCGAGGGCGGCGUUGGCACAGGCUAACAAGGUCGGCAACCUGCUUUGGAAGAGCGUGGCGGAGGGUAUGCUAGCAUCGUCGUAUGCCAUGCAAAGCCAACGCGACGAGCACACGAAGCGAUACGCGGACGCAGUGCGCUUUGCCAACGAGGCGGCGGCCAAAAGCGCAGCUGUCCCCUGA